CGGACCAGUUGGUGACUGCAGAACAAGCAUUUGCCCUUAAACUUGCAUUUAGCUAGUGUAAUUGACCUCAUCUGUCAUUAUAAUUAAUUAUUAUUUAGCGAUACGGAUAUAUCAACAUCACAAUGUCUCUUGCGGCAGAGGCUUUCGUGUCGCAGAUGGCAGCUGCUGAGCCUUGGCCUGAAUCUGCCACCUUGUACCAACCGCUGAAGGAGGAUCAGAUUUUGCUGUCAGACUGCGCCUCAUCUCUUGCAGUUCAGGCCUACCUCAGGAUGUGCGGUCUACCAGUGCAGGUGGUUUGCAGAGCAAAUGCUGAAUACAUGUCACCCUCUGGUAAGAUUCCCUUCAUCCACGUCGGGAACCAGGUGGUGUCAGAACUGGGGCCGAUAGUGCAGUUCACCAAAGCUAAGGGUAAUUCUCUGAGCGAAGGCUUAGACGAUGUUCAGAGAGCUGAAAUGAAAGCGUACAUGGAGCUGGUCAACAACAUGCUGCUUACUGCUGAGUUGUACAUCCAGUGGUGUGAUGACCCUACAGCUGCUGAGAUCUCACGUCCCAGAUACAGCAGUCCUUACUCGUGGCCUCUCAGUAACAUCCUCGCCUAUCAGAAGCAGUGGGAGGUUCGCAGGAAGAUGAACGCCAUCGGCUGGGGAGGGAAAACCCUGGAGCAGGUUUAUGAAGACGUGAGUCAGUGCUGCCAGGCUCUCUCCCAGAGGCUGGGAACGCAGCCAUACUUUUUUAAUAAACAGCCUACGGAACUGGAUGCAUUGGUGUUUGGUCACCUCUUCACCAUACUGACCACCAGACUGACCAGCACUGAGCUGGCAGAGCGGAUCAAGAGCUACAGCAACCUGUUGUCCUUCUGCAGACGCAUCGAACAGACCUACUUUGAAGACAAGAGCUCUUGAAGGAAUGAAACCUCUCUGUAUUAUCUCAUCUUGUACAUUCGGCCCAUCCUUCUCUCAUUCCCUCACUGUAGCACCAAGAAGCUAAAAACUGCUUCUAUUCACAUACCCUUCCCUUCGUGAUUCUUGCUUUCCUUCUCCCUUUUGCUUCGUACCUGUACAUAGUUGCAUGCUGCUGAUAGGAGUCCAGAGGAACCAGUAUUAGGAUUAGUCCACUGCACAUAGAUUAAAAAUACAUGAAAGUACCUUAAAAUCACAGUAAAGAUUAUUCUUAGGGUAUUACUAACCCAGAUAUAACAUCUAAAAAGAUGUUUCCAAGUUAAACACAGAAUGUAUAAUGACAUUCACGAGAAAACGCUGUCUGAUCUGAAUAACUCUUUUAGUUGAAGUGUUUCAGAAAGCCAUCAAAUGAGUUUUCAACAGACCAUGGAGCCUUUACAUUUCCAGCAUUAUGGGAAUUAAAUAAGAAUACUUAUGACAGUAAUGCAACUCUUCACGGAUCCCAGAAGGAGGUCAGAAGUCAAGGUUAGCUGCAGAUGAUCUGACAGGGAUUCAGUGUCAGGCUUAUGGACACCUGAGUAGUAUGGAUGCUUCCCAAAACAGGCCUAAUUUAUAUGCUCUUACUGUUGUCAUUGAUGCUCUCUGUUACACGGGAACUCUGUCUACUCUGACAUGUAUCAUAGUACAUUUAUAAAUGCCAACAGGCUCAGAGCGGUUGGAUUUCACAGCUGUGUGACAUGGCUGCCUUUCAGAAGGCAGACUGAGACUUGAACUGGGUUUGAGAUCAAACGGCUCGCUUUUUUUUUCUUCCCUUCCAAGAACUUUAGAAGCUUGUAAAAAAUGUGAGGCAGUGUUGGCAUAGUUGUUUUUCUUCUGUACAAAAAAGACAGGAACAUAAUGAUGAAGAUGUGACUUAAUCCUUAGUUUUUCCACCAUUGUUUGCUUUGUGUGAAUUAAAAGUGCCUACAGAAUAAAAGUCAUUAAAUCAUUUAACAUA